AUGGUUGAAACAUUUAUAGUGAUUGCAUUCAUCGCUACAUAUCUGUUGUCCUCACAGGUUAAUCCCAAAAGUAAUGUGCAAAAUCUCGUGAAUGAACUGCUGAAGUUUGCAAGUUCAGAUCUGGAGAAAAUCAGAUUGUUAUGGAUCUGGAUUUGUUGUCACAUUGAAUAUGACGUGAAGGGAUAUCACAACAAGGACCUGAAACACGAUGGCCCCAAUGAUGUAUUGAAGACUGGAAAAGCAGUGUGUGCUGGAUAUUCAGGUCUCUUUUGUCAAAUGUGCAGUUUUGCAGGUAUAGAGUGUACCACAAUCGAAGGAUACUCCAAAGGUUACAAUUAUGAUAUUGGAAAGAAGUUUGUGGGGGAAGCUGACCACGCAUGGAAUGCUGUGUUCCUGGAUGGGAAAUGGCACCUUCUCGACAGCACUUGGGGAGCAGGCCACGUUAAUGAGACCUGCACCAAGUUUACUUUCAAGUAUGUUGAAUUUUAUUUCUUUACUCAUCCUACACUUUUCAUCAAUAAUCAUUUUCCCAUCGAUGAAAAAUGGCAGCUGAUAUCUCCAAAGAUUCCCCUCAAAAUAUUUGAAAAUAUGGUAUUUAGGACUGGAGAGUUUUAUGAUAUUGGUCUGACAUACAUCCAUCCAGACGUACAGGUGGUGUCCACAGUGAACGGAAGAGUUAUCAUCAAUGUGGAAGGUCAAUAUCCAACAUACUUCAUGUUCAAUCUGGAUGGUAAAAAGGACUGCGCUAUCUUAACCAUAACUAAAUUUGGCAUGAAGCUAGAGGUUCUUCCUGAAAAGACUGGAGAAUUCAAGUUAAAAAUCUAUGCCAAACUGUUGAAGUCUGAAGAGGAGACAUAUUCCUUUAUAUGUGCAUAUUUGAUUAAAUGUGAUUUUAUUGAUGAAAACUUUAAACUACCAAAGUCAUUUCACAAUCCUUUGGGUCCUAGUUGGAUUACUGAGAACAAGGGCCUUCUUCGGCCCUCACAUCCUGAGCCCAUUAUUUACUGCGAUGAUGGCAAAAUCAAAAUAAGGUUUAUGCUGAACAGAGAUCUCACUUUCACUAGCAAACUGUCAAGUGACGAAGUUCAAUUGUCAGAUGAGGUCAUGAGAAAUCACAUCUUUAAAAAUCAGCAAGGCAAUUGGGUAGAAUUCCAGAUCCAUCUCCCUGCAGCCGGUCUUUAUGUUUUUGCAAUCUUUGCCAAGGAAAAGAAAAAGCGCACCCCUACACAUGACCACGUGUGUGAAUACUUGAUCUCAUGUCCAAAUCGGAAUGUCCACUGGCCGGGUUUCCCUAAAAUUUUCAGCUCCUGGACUGAUGGAUGUGAAUUAGUCGAGCCCCUCUCUGGGAUUCUGCCACGUAACCAGAUGGUGACAUUCAAGCUGAAAAUCCCUCACGUGAGAAAGGUUCUCGUUCAUGGUAAAACAACUUGUCCACUGAGCAUGACAAAGGAGGGCUAUUGGGAAGGAAAGUGUCUUACACAAGAAUCAAAGUACCUUAGUGUUGGAGUUUCAGACAAAAUGUUUGACACUAAGUUUACAUUCGCCCUUCAAUAUGAGAUAGCGGACUCAUAG